CCUGCGCGAGUUGGGGGAAGGAGGAGGGGCGAGGUGACGCAGGCGUAAUAAUAGAGAAGGUGCCAGAAAGAUCCAAAACAAGUGGCUGCGGCCGUCGCCCAGGAGUCACCGGACGCCAGAAUCUGGCCGGGUUCUGAGCUUGUUCCGCCUCCCUCCCCCGGGAAUGGCGCUAUCCGGGUCGACCCCGGCCCCGUGCUGGGAGGAGGAUGAGUGCCUGGACUACUACGGGAUGCUGUCGCUUCACCGUAUGUUCGAGGUGGUGGGCGGGCAACUGACCGAGUGCGAGUUGGAGCUCCUGGCCUUUCUGCUGGAUGAAGCUCCUGGCGCCGCCGGAGGCUUAGCCCGGGCCCGCAGCGGCCUAGAGCUCCUGCUGGAGCUGGAGCGCCGCGGGCAGUGCGACGAGAGCAACCUGCGGCUGCUGGGGCAACUCCUGCGCGUGCUGGCCCGCCACGACCUGCUGCCGCACCUGGCGCGCAAGCGGCGCCGGCCAGUGUCUCCAGAACGCUAUAGCUAUGGCACCUCCAGCUCUUCAAAGAGGACAGAGGGUAGCUGCCGUCGCCGUCGGCAGUCAAGCAGUUCUGCAAAUUCUCAGCAGGGUCAGUGGGAGACAGGCUCUCCACCAACCAAGCGGCAGCGGCGGAGUCGGGGCCGGCCCAGUGGUGGUGCCAGACGGCGGCGGAGAGGGGCCCCAGCCGCACCCCAGCAGCAGCCAGAGCCCGCCAGACCUUCCUCCGAAGGCAAAGUGACCUGUGACAUCCGGCUCCGGGUUCGAGCAGAGUACUGUGAGCAUGGGCCAGCCUUGGAGCAGGGCGUGGCAUCCCGGCGGCCCCAGGCGCUGGCGCGGCAGCUGGACGUGUUUGGGCAGGCCACCGCAGUGCUGCGCUCAAGGGACCUGGGCUCCGUGGUUUGUGACAUCAAGUUCUCAGAGCUCUCCUAUCUGGACGCCUUCUGGGGCGAUUACCUGAGUGGCGCCCUGCUGCAGGCCCUGCGGGGCGUGUUCCUGACUGAGGCCCUGCGAGAGGCUGUGGGCCGGGAGGCCGUUCGCCUGCUGGUCAGUGUGGAUGAGGCUGACUAUGAGGCUGGCCGGCGCCGCCUAUUGCUGAUGGAGGAGGAAGGGGGGCGGCGCCCGACAGAGGCCUCCUGAUCCAGGACUGGCAGGAUUGAUCCCACCUCCGAGUCUCCGGGCCACCUUCUCCUGGGAGGACGACCAUCUCUACCCCUAGAGGACUGUCACUAGCAUCUUUGAGGACUGCGACAGGACCAGGACAGCAGGCCCCUUGACAGCCCCUCCCACAGGAUGUGGGCUCUGAGGCCUAAACCAUUUCCAGCUGUUUCCUUCCCAAACUCCUCCUACCCCCAGGUGUGCUCACUUAGCCUCUGGAGGCGGGGGCUGGGCCUGUAUCUCAGAAGGGAGGGGCACAGCCACACACUCACCAAAGGCCCCCCUGCGCGUUGUAUCUCUGAUCUUGGGCUAUCUGCACUCUCACAGGUGCACCCACUCGCUCAUGCUCGCACUGCCCCUGCUGAGAUCUUCCCUGGGCCUCUGCCCUGGCCUGCUUCCCAGCACACACUUCUUUGGCCUAAGGGCUUCUCUCUCAGGACCUCUAAUUUGACCACACCCAACCUGGGCUUCAGUCACACACCAGUGGGCACUGGAGCUGGGGUGCACAUGGGGCCUGCUCACCUUGCCCACACAUCUCCAGCCAGCCAGGGCCCUGCCCAGCUUCAAUUUACAGACCUGACUCUCCUCACCUUCCCCCUGCUGCCCAGAGCUGAACAUAGACUUGCACUUGGACUCUCACCUGGGGUGUCACAUGGGAGUGUGGCAGCAUCAGACCAAGGCCUACUAUUGCACAUGGGGCCAAAACCAAUAAACAGCCGCCUUCUUAGAAAGGGAAUGCAAAGGCUUCGGGGGUGAUGGAAAAGACCUUUUACAAAUGAUACCAAUUAAACUGCCCUGGAAAGGGCAUAGGUGGGCA